ACGCCCGACGCCGACGGCCCGAGGAGUGGAGGAGUCGUCAGCUCGAAUGCCGUUUACUAUCGGCUGGCAAUUCGUAAAUACGUGUAAUAUACGUCACCGAAUGAUAGUAGCGUGUUGCUUUGCCCACUCGUGUUGUUUCGGGAUAUUGUGCGUGCGGCACGUACGCUUCAUGGAUUGGCUAUAAUUGUUAAUACACAUUUUCUUUGCGACUGAUAUAAUUUUUUAGAAAAAAGAUGAGAGGGCUUAUAUAUUUUUGUAUACUUUUGUUAUGUUCCACUCAGCUUGGGGCUGAUAAAAAGAUCAAGUAUGUUACAACUUUGAUCGACGCCAAGUGGAACGAAACACCUCUUGUUUUGGAAGCAGCUGAAUAUCUCAGCGACGAAAAUCCACGUUACUUUUGGAAAUUUAUUGAUGCAUAUUCUCAAAAAAUUAGUAAUCUUGUAAUAGGUACGGAAAAGGAGAACUAUGAUAUAAUUCUGGAAUUGAUUAAAAGAUAUUUGUCCACAUCAGAAAUAGCAGUGUUUAAGUUAGGAUUAUCUUUGCGUAUUUAUUCCGCUCGUGUUGAAAUGUUUUCUCAAAUGGCUGUGAAUAAAAAUGUUUCCUCACAUGGAUGUAACAAUAUUGUUGACAUUGGUGGAACAUUUACAUGUUCUUUGGAAGACAUAGACAGAUUAUUAGAACAGGAUGUGUGGAAAACCACAGAUACUUACGAUGUAGACCACAAGUAUCUAAGCACAACAGAAUCUGACAAAGCAAUAAUAUUGUAUGGCCAAAUUGGAACUCCAACUUUUAUCGAGUUUCAUGAAAAGUUGAAGAAUAUAGCGGAAACAAAGGGAAUUAAUUAUAUUCUUCGUCACUAUGUGAAGGACAGGAUGGAUAAAAAAUUGCGUUUAUCAGGCUAUGGUGUGGAGUUGCAAAUGAAAUCUACAGAAUAUAAAGCAACUGACGAUUCGGAUAUAAAAGACACGGAGAAGAGCUCAGAAGUGACGAGCGAUGGCAUGGAAGAAAUUGAAGGAAUCAACUUUAUGACUUUAAAACAGUUAUAUCCAGAUCUACAAGCGGAAUUGGACAAAAUACAAACACAUUUAUUAGACACUAGUCAUGAAAUAGGAGCCUUCAAGGUUUGGCAAUUUCAAGAAUUGAGUCAUCAAGCAGCUGAAAGAAUUAUGAAGUCUUCAGCAGAUGCGUUAAAUGUGCUAACUGAUAUAUCGCAGAACUUUCCUAUGCAAGCAAAAUCAUUAAUUAGAACAAAGGUGAAUAGUGAUAUGAAAGCGGAGAUGAAAUUGAAUCAGGAAAUAUUUAUGGCAAGUCUAAAUAUACAACCGACUGAUACAGCUCUUUUCGUCAAUGGCUUGUUUUUUGAUUUAGAAGCCAUUGAUGUUUUAACGUUGUUAGAAUCUUUGAGAAGCGAGUUACGAGUAAUGGAAGCUCUUCACAGAAUUGGUUUUAGUAAUAAAAAAAUGAGCAAACUGUUAGCUUUGGACUUAUCUGGAAGUACGGACAGUCAAACUUUUGCGAUGGACAUAAGAGAUUCUGCAAUUAAUUGGAUCAAUGACAUUGAGAACGAUCCACGUUACAGCAAGUGGUCGCCGUCGUUAACCGAAUUAUUACGACCAACGUUUCCCGGAAUGAUCAGGAAUAUUAGGAGAAAUAUGUAUAAUUUAGUACUAAUAAUUGACCCUUUAAGUAGCGAGUCCGCGUCAUUGUUGUCUUUAGCACAAUCAUUUUAUGCACAUUCUGUGCCAUUGAGAAUAGGAUUUGUUUUUGUGACGAAUUACAAUACAUCCGUAACAGGUUUAAUGGAUUCCAGUGUCGCAGUCAACAAUGCUUAUCAUUAUUUUGCCGACAGUAAGAGCUCGAAAGAAGCUUUGAAUUUCUUAAUACAGUUGGGACAUUUUGUCGGGCCGAAUGGCGCGGAAAUCGACGAUAUCAAACGAGUUAUCCAGUCCAUAGACUCGUCCGCUGAUACGGAUUACAUUCUUGGUGAAGAAUCAGAAUACGACGUGGGUCGGCAUUUGGCUCACGAUUUUAUAAAACGAUGCGGAUUUAAAAAAUUUCCACAAGCUCUGUUGAACGGUGUACCGCUGAUGCCCGUUCAGGCAAAUUUCGAAUCCUACGAGGAAGCUGUCCUGUCUAAUAUUAUGUUGCAAACACCUAUUCUGCAAAAAGCAGUCUAUCGAGGUGAAAUAACGGAAGGAGAUGAUGUUGUUGAUUUCCUCAUGAACCAACCCAAUGUUAUGCCACGACUGAACGAACGUGUUUUAAAAGUUGAUAAGAAUAAGUGGUUAAAUUUAAUUGGUUCGAUUCCCGAGGAUGAGGAUUACACUAAAUGGAACAGUCCUCAAGAUUUAUCAACUUACAUAAUGAAGAACAUGCGGUAUUUCUUUGUGUCGCGACGCAGUACCACACAUCACUUCUACUCUUUCUGGAUUGUAACCGAUUUGAAAUCAUUGGCUGGCCGACAAUUACUGCGAGAAGCACUUGAAUAUGUAGAAAUAAAUACUGAUGCACGAGUUGGCGUUAUCAUCAAUGCGGAAAAUGAUGCGAAUGUGAAAUCCGAUAUUAAUAAAAUCGUUCUUGCUGCAUUGAGUGCAUUAUCGCCGGAAAACGCUAUACUAUACGUACGUAAAGUUCUCAAAGAAGCCAACGCAGAUCUCAUUGCCGAUGAUAAAUUUGAGAUUGAGGAUGAAUCUGUUGCGGCGUUGUUAGAAAAUCAAAAUCCGAUAUUGUCAUUGCACCGACAUUACGUAGCAAAUGUAUUGAAUGUAGAAAUAGGAGACAGAGCAAUUUUAUGCAACGGUCGUAUUAUUGGUCCUUUAGAUAGCGAUGAAGAAUUUACAAGUGACGAUUUUUCUCUGUUAGAAAGAUUUAGUCAAAGCAGUUACGGAGAUAAAUUGUUCAUAAAAUUGAUGAAAGAUGAAAUCUUUAACGAUGAUGAAUACGAAAAAGGUGAAAUCACAAAUGAUAUGAUCAUGAAGAUUACUUCGCUUUUGGUACCACGGCCACAAACUCGAAGUCGGUACGAUGUUCCUUUCCAUGGAGACGAUCACAGUGUUAUAAAAAUUCCAGCGAACAAUCCCGAUGAGGUUGCCUUCAAUUUCAUUGCCAUUGUAGAUCCGGUUUCACGCGGUGCUCAGAAAUUGGGCUCGAUAUUAAAAACUCUGCAGCAAGCAUUGAAUUGCAAUAUAAAAGUAUUUUUGAACUGUUUAGAUAAGAAUAGCGAUAUGCCAUUGAAGAGUUUCUAUCGAUUUGUGCUUGAACCAGAGCUGCAAUUUACAGCGGAAGGAGAUAUCAGUGGUUCUAUUGCAAAAUUCACUAAACUUCCCACUUCAUCCUUGCUGACACAGUAUAUUCACGCACCCGAAAAUUGGCUCGUCGAAGUGGUUCGCAGUGUUUACGAUUUAGAUAAUAUUAAACUCGAUAACGUCGCGAUGGGCGUGCACAGUGAAUUCGAGCUGGAAUACCUGUUACUCGAAGGUCACUGUUUCGAAGCAAUAGUUGGCAAUCCACCGAGAGGUCUUCAGUUCACAUUAGGCACCGAAAAACGACCCGUAAUGGUCGAUACUAUAGUAAUGGCCAAUCUGGGAUAUUUCCAACUCAAGGCGAAUCCAGGCGAAUGGAUGUUACGACUACGACAGGGACGAUCCGCGGAGAUAUAUGACUUUACCAGUGUCGAAGGCCAGGACGUCAUUCAGAAUGGCAACGACGUGAAAGUUCUGAUAAGUUCCUUAAGGAGUCACGUGCUGAAGGUCAAGGUUUCCAAAAAGCCGGACAAAGUAGGAGUCGAUCUUUUGUCGGACGACGAGAAGGACGCCGGAUUGUGGAAUUCCAUUUCUAGGACGUUCACAUCGGAUGAGGGCGAGGACCAAGAUGAGAAAUUGAACAUCUUCUCUCUCGCCUCCGGUCAUUUGUACGAAAGAUUCUUGAAGAUCAUGAUGUUAAGCGUUAUUAAACAUACCAAGUCUCCUGUGAAAUUCUGGUUCUUGAAGAAUUAUCUCUCACCGACAUUGAAAGACUUCUUGCCGCAUAUGGCCAAAGAAUAUGGUUUCGAGUACGAACUCGUUCAAUACAAGUGGCCACGUUGGCUUCAUCAACAAACCGAAAAACAGAGAACUAUUUGGGGAUACAAGAUCUUGUUCCUCGACGUGCUAUUCCCGCUGAACCUCAAGAAAAUAAUAUUUGUCGAUGCUGAUCAGGUGGUAAGAGCGGAUUUGAAAGAACUAGCGACUAUGGAUCUCCGCGGCGCGCCGUAUGCGUACACACCGUUUUGCGAUAGCAGAACCGAAAUGGACGGAUUUAGAUUUUGGAAGCAAGGAUAUUGGAGGAAUCAUUUGCAAGGACGAGCUUAUCACAUUAGCGCGUUGUACGUAGUGGAUUUGAAACGUUUCCGCCGUAUUGCAGCCGGAGACAGGCUGCGAGGACAAUAUCAAGCAUUGAGUCAGGAUCCAAAUAGCUUAUCAAAUCUCGAUCAAGAUCUGCCUAACAAUAUGAUUCACCAAGUAGCUAUCAAGACACUGCCACAGGAAUGGCUCUGGUGCGAAACUUGGUGCGAUGACGCGUCGAAAAAGUACGCUAAGACCAUAGAUUUGUGUAAUAACCCAAUGACUAAAGAAGCUAAGUUACAAGCAGCCAUGCGUAUCUUACCCGAGUGGGUGGGUUACGAUGAAGAAAUUAAAGCUUUGCAACAGAAGGUGGAGAAUGCAAAUAGACAAACGGAGAAAGAAAGUGAAACCGUCGAUGAUGUCUCGAAGCACGAAGAACUGUAAAUUUAGACCUAUGUACAAUUGUAAUUGUGACUCUUGUGCAAAAAAUUUGAAAAAAAAAAAAAAAAAAAAAAAAAAAAGAAAUUUUAUACAGUUGUGUAAAAAGAAAUUUUCUGUAUUUGGUAAGUUGAUUAAGCGUUUAUACAUAAACUUUCUAUAUAUUUCAUGUUUGUAUAUGUGAUACAUCAACACUUCGCAUUCAAAUAACUUGCCACCGAUGAUGAUUGCAAACUUGUCCUAAAUAAUUAUUGCAUUGAAAUUUCUUCGAAUCUAGCAAAUUCAUUAAUAACUGAUUAACUGGUUGUUGAGAUUGCAGUAUUCCAGUUAUUCAUGAACAUACAUUUCUGUUCAUGUUAAACCAAUUGUGAUUUUUAUUAUUAUCUACUAUGCUAAUUAUAAGGAAUAAAGUAAACAAGUGACA